AUGCCGCACGGGCAGGAGUCUUCGACGGAGGCCGCCGCCGGUGGGGGCGCGCCGCUGUGCGCGAACGGCUGCGGGUUCUACGGGAGCGAGGCAACCAAGAGCAUGUGCUCAAAGUGCUACCGCGACCACCUCAAGGCGACAGGUGUGGCUGGCCCCGCCGUCGAGGGGAAGAUCAAUGCCGACGACCUCAUCCACACCUUCAAGAAGUCGGUGAGCCUGCAGGACUCUACCGCUGCAGCUGCUGCGGAGGCGGCACCGGAGGCCGAUGCGCCAGCGAAGAAGGCGGCGCCAAACAGGUGCAUGGCGUGCAAGAAGAAGGUGGGGCUGUUGGGGUUCGCGUGCCGCUGCGGUGGCACCUUCUGCUCGCUGCACCGCUACGUGGACGGGCACGCAUGCGGUUUCGACUACAAGAAGGUCGGCCGUGAGCAGAUCGCGCAGCAGAACCCUCUCGUCGCGCCGUCCAAGCUCCACAACAAGAUUUGA